UAUUGAGUUCAACUUCCGGAGGAAGGAGGCAUCUUCAGCAGCUGCGUUCAGAGGCUGCCUGGGAUCCCGUGGAGGACUCCCCUUCCCCCCCGUUUGCUUUGGUUCGCUCCGAAAGAAAGAUUUGAUAGCUGCAAGGAAACAAGACACUAGGAAGACCAGGCUCAUCCCUUGAUAUACAGGGCGUUAUGGAAGAAAGUAGAGCACUCUCAAGCUGCCAGUCUGAAGAAAGCAGUUCGCUGGACAUCCCGUGUGUUGUAACUGCAGAAGACUUUGCAUUGAUCUCUAGCCCAGGAAGGAAGGACGAGAUUCUCAGCAAUGUAGGGGAAUUUGUUUCAUCGACAUCCACAUCAAUUGACACCGAACCAAACAGUACAGACUUUAUGGAGUACACUGCUGGAGGUGGGGUAACUUUGUGGCCGAGGUACUGCAUGAAGGCCGCGGCCACUAAUUGUGUGAACUCUGAGCAGUUUCAUAAUAGUGAACUCCCUUUAUCUUGGACAUAUGAGCAAAAGGGUGAAGAAGAAGCUGCCAUUAGAAAAUCUCUAGAUACGUUUUAUGGGACUUGCUGCCAGAGGACGCCUUUUGGAGGGAGUCCAGCAUUCGAAGCGGCUUCACAAAGUGUGUCCACCAAAAUUACAGACCUAGCAGGAAAAGAAGGAACAGAGUACAUGCUGAAGAGCCUACGAGUCGCUCAGAUGGUUUUGAACCGAGAAAGGGAGAAGAUGUUUCCUCAACACUCCAGUGACACCUGUUUUUCAACUGCCACCAAAGCUGGCUUGGGUUUAGAGGAAGCAAAGGACGUGCCUGGACUCUCAGAUGACAUCCUUCAGUUUAUCUUAAAGCAGAGGACUACUAAAUGAAUUCUCCCCCAAAUAAAUUUUGACCUGUACACCCCCCCCCCCCCCCCAAACCCUUUUAAAACUUAUAUAUGAGGGGAAGAAAGGUCUUCUGGAGUGAGAACUGGUUGCCACAGUGCCUAUGCAAGAUCACGUGUACGUAUAAUAAAGGCUGAAUUUAGUAAAUU